AUGGAUUCCAGUCGCCGCUCGCGAGGCUCCAGAAGCCUGCGGUCGUCGCGAUGGCGCUCCAUCUCGUCAGCCUCAGCCUCGCCGUCGCCGUCGCCCAGAUCGCCGUCGCCGCCUCGCACCGACGACGAGGUCGAUCCGCACACAGUCGUUCCGCCUUCACAACAACAACAGCAACAACAACAACCGCCGCCAGCACGAGCGCAAAGUGAGAGUCUGCAGCCGCCGCCGCCUCGAUAUGGCGCGCCCAGCUCAGAUCGCGGCCGCGGACGCCGCAUGGGAUCCGUCUCGUCUCGCCGGUCGUACACCCCGGCCACGCCAGACGCUACCGAAGAGUCAGAGACCGAAUACUUCCCGCCGCUGGGCAUCGCCUCCAGCGCCGUUUCCAGGACGUCGAGCAUCCGCGGCCGUGCUCCGUCAUACGCGGGCUCUACUGCCGGCUCCGUGGCAGGCUCCAACGCCGGUGGCCGGCCGGUCCAUGAGCGGAUAAGACAGCCCAGUGUUCGCAUUCGACGCCGCAGCUCCAGCGGCGGCGGUACCUCCGUCAUCGACUAUGCCUCCGAGAGCAGCGACACCGACGCAGGCCGGCGCCACCUUCCCCGGCCGCGGAGCAUAUCGCAGCCUAUGCCUGCCGCGCAAAUCUACCCGGAUGCCAACGUUGCCAGACUGUCGCGCCGCGUGCCGCAGGUGGCGCUGCCGCGUCUCACAGAGGAGGGCUCGCGGCCGACCAUGUCCGAGCUGGGCAUUCCUCCAUCGCCGCUUUCGCCCUCGCGGUCGCUGCCAGAGGAGACGCUGGAGGAAGACGACCCUCGCAAUCCUGAUAGCGGCGGCUCUCCAGCACGGAGACUGACCAGGAAGCGAAAGCUUAGCAAGAUGUUCUGGCCUGGCGGCUCCCUCAACCGCGGACCAAUGUCACCACCGCCCCGCGGAGCCAGCUCAGAGAGAGGCACAUCCGCGGGUCCUUCCAACCAGAGUCAUUUCGGCCUGAGUCUUGGCCAACGUCAAGGCCAGCAGGCGCCCGCGUCGGACGAGUACGGCGAAGACCUGGUCGACUGGCUAGAUAUCAUUGAUCCCGAGGUCCAGACCCUUUCGACCCUGACCAACGUGCAAAACUCCCUGUUCGUGCCUGAUCUUGGGCCUUGGAUCAACCGCCGCCCCACCUACGUCUUGUCCCAGCGUGACACUGCGCCGACUGGACGACGAGGCCGGGCUGCUACUACUGCUACUGCUGGGCUCGACGAGGAACAGCUGCCCGAGCCGAUCGAGGAGCUGCCAAGGUUCGAGACCGGCGUGGAGACGCCCAGGAGCGAGGGUGUGCCGGCGACGCUGCGGCGAUCCGACACAAUCACCUCGCGGCUCACAGACUCGCACUACGCGGCGCUGCCGCACGGCAUCAGCCUCGAGGGCUGGACCGAGGAGGAAAAGGCCGAGCUGGACGACCGCGUGCGCCACAUGCUGCACUCCAAGCGGUCCCGCUUCAAGCGCCAGAUGAAGGGCUUUGGCCAGUACGUGCGGCGGCCGCUGGGCUUCUUCGUCACGCUCUACGCCGUCCUCAUCACCCUCUUCGGUCUGGCCUGGGUGCUGUUCCUCAUCGGCUGGAUCUACGUUGGCGAUAAGCAGGUGUAUACUAUCCACAUCAUCGACAGCGUGCUGGUGGCCCUGUUCGCCGUCAUGGGCGACGGCCUGGCCCCCUUCCGAGCCAUUGACACAUACCACAUGGCCUUUGUCAUACACUACUCCCGCAAGAUUGAAAAGGCCAAGAAGAAGAAGCUCAAGGAGAAGGAAAAGGCCAUCACCGAUGCGGCGGCCGAAGGCAGCGUGGAGCUUACCCACUAUGCUUCCGGCGACCCUCUCGCGGCGUACCCCGGCGCUCCCAUUGUCGAGCCCCAGACCAACGGCCUCGAGCCCCAGAGCGUCAGCGCGAGUGCCAGCGCUUCGGUCGAGAGAAUCGCCACUAGCACCAGCAAUCUCAACCUAGCGAUGGCGCCCACGCCCGAUCCCGAGCAGGCCAUUGUGGAUCAGAAUGGAGACGUCGAGGCCGCCAAGCUCGCCAUCGAGUACGACGAAGACUCUCCGCUCACGUUCAAGCAGUGGAAGCGCAUGCGGCACCACCAGAAGAAGCUGGCCAAGUCUCACAGUUUCUACAAGCCCGACGAGACCUUUACGCACUUUGCCUUUCCCUUGCCCUACCUGAUUGCGAUUGUGAUACUGCUGGACUGCCACUCCUGCCUGCAAAUUUCCCUGGGUGCCACCACCUGGGGCAUCGACUACCACCACCGACCCUUUGCCAUCACCACCGUCAUCCUCUGCGUCAGUAUCGCGUGCAACAUCUCGGCCGGCCUCACCAUCAUGAUUGGCGAUCGCAAGACGCGGAAGAAGGAAGUAUGGAAGCUGUUGACGCGACAGGAGCUGACGGGCGAUGCCAUCAAGCAUCUUGAGACCAAGCGUGCCAAGGAGCAGAGCCAAAGCCACGACAGCGGCCACAAUAGCGUGCAGGAGGAGCAGACGGAUAUGAACUCGAAAGAGGACCGGUAG